AUGCAGUACUUCUCCCUCAUUGCUUUCGCUCUCCCCCUCUUGCUCGCCUCUCAACAAGUCGCGGCGAUCUGUCCCGGUUUCAACUACGGAAUCGGUAACGCCAUCGACGAGGGCAAGCUCGGAAACUCAGAGGUCACUCGCUGGAACGUCUACGACGAUAGCUGCAACGUCGUCGACGGACUGACAACGACCGGGAACCCGUGCACGUCCGGCACAUUCUCGUGUACCGGUGCGCCGAUCACUUUUAACGGAUACACGAACACCUUCAACGGCUUGCAUUAUGCUUGCCGUCCCGACGCCAACUCUGGAAGCUGUGGCAGUGACAAGAUUUCUGUCUGCUGCCGCAACGAUGGAAAUUAA